AUGACGAAUGACCUCCUAAACCCACGGGUUACGGUUGGUACAUCAUCCAGUAAUCACCCUGGUCCUCAUGUUCAGAAGAACAAACCGGUCUUCAAUUCAAAUAAGCCUUCAGAUACUGCUUCAGCUCCUACGAGUGGACCCUCACGUCCUGACCCUCGGCUUCCCAGUAAACCUUACACUCCUCUUGCAACGGCGACCAGCACGCGCAAACCCAGAAAGGUGACCCACACAAAGGCCGCUAAAUCUCGAGAGUCCGCGGAAGGAUAUUCCAAUGCCUCAAUUCUAUCUUUACUCGCACUAGAUAAGGCUGUUGGAGAACCAAGCGAUAUUCCAUUAAACCUCAUACACUUUUUUACCCUUCGGAAAUAUGAUGAUCCUUCUGAUCCUACAACGGAGAAAAGGCUGAAUGAGCGUUGCGAAGAGAACGAAGUAUUACUUUCCUUGUCAUUGGCCAGAAACAACAUCCAAAUCGAUCCACCUAGAACAUUGGAGAAAGACUGUCGUCAAGCUAUACCCAGCUCUUGUCCUGCUUUAGGAUUCAAAUAUCACUUGUUGAGAUUAGAUGGCACAUUAGAGGAUCAUCAUAUGUCAAUGGUUAUUGAAGGUUAUCGCUCUUUGGCACUUGAUCGAAAAGUCAUAGAAGUAGGAUACUGUCAUGAUGGGAUAGUUCGUGGUCAUGAUAAUCCCAAAUAUAUAGAAGAUGAUCAAAUCCAUACACUUAUACCGGCAGAUCGAAUCGUUCAUGUGAUAUCACAAAAGUUUCUCUCAACCAUAAGGAAAAAUUUAGAAAGAUAUGAUAGAGGUAUGUUAACGACCCCAAACAAAGUCAGUCAGUAUGCUUUCAGCUUGAGCGAAAGAAAGGGAUCAAUAUCAAAAGGAAAUAGGAAAGUGACGUAUGGGGGAUUAGGAACAACUGUCCUGAUUGGUAAAAUGGAAGAUGUAUUUCCAACAUAUCCUCACAUCGAUCAGAAACAAGGAGAAUCUGUUUCGGUUACAAUGCACUUAUCAGGUCCAAGUGGUUAUAUGAGAUUCCCUCAACUUAACGUGGACGUCAAAUUGGAGAAAGGGUUCGUGGUUGUUGCUCCACUGGGAACUUUGCUACAUCAUCUAGUCAAAAGAGACAAACUACAAGGAGAGGAGGAAAGUAUCGUAGCAGUCUGUUAUACCAGAAGAGAUCUAGAAGACGAAGUAACAGCCCUUCCAGUCUCUGAGUCAUUGCCAGAAGUGAAAGCUACAAAGAAGGAAAACAAUUUCUCUCCUGGUACAAAGAAGAAGCGAAGGAAAGGCAAGAAAAAAGGUGGAAAGCAGAAGUCGAAGGAUACGGUCAUCCCACCUAAGAAGGAGAAAACGUAG